AUGGGUGUUUUGUUUGACACUAGGACCGUUUCUCAGAGCGCUUUGGAGGAAUUGGGCGCCAUAUUCCGCCAGAUAUCGUUGCUAGGCACUGCGUCCGAACAUCUGUUUGUGGUGCAGAAGGAUCUGUCUCGGUCGAUCGAUUUCUUAACCAGUUUCUCCAACUUGAAGAAACUUACAAAGAUUAGUAAAGUCAUAUGGAUAGAUGAUGCAUUGUUCGACCACGAACACCUGCUGCCCUUGUUCCCUAGCAUUGUGUUUUUAUGUGAGGGCAGUAUGGAGAUGCUGGACUCGGUGGCCGGCAUUUUGAAGCGCAAGAUCUUGCCCUUCUCCAAGACCCACCAGGUGUCGCUUAUUGUUGCCAGCCGGCUAGUCACCGCCACGGAGCUAGUCAUAGAGAAUCUCGGCAUCAAGGGCGACGUGAGUGUGUACUUUUGGCCCGAAUUGAGACCGCUGGCGCUCGAGCCGGACGUGCUCAGUCUGUGUCUUUCCCAGGGUGGCCUGGGAGACCUGUUUGCUGGGUCAAUUGCGCCGCUGGACCAGCUGGCAAGCGCACUGUUGGACUUGGUGAUCCAGUCGAACUACAAAAUUAGACUCACCAACGCGUUUCUCAAAGGAGAGCACUCGAUCAAACUAUGGACUAUCUAUCAGAACAAAUACCAGGCUCAUUUGACCAAAGUGGAUGCCAAAACAAAGAAACUCAUCUUGGACCAGGACGACACUCUUUUCCUGGACCAGCACUCGUUCAUGAACAGAAACGUGGACUUUGUGUGCCUGGACCGGUCCGUGGACCUUGUGAGCGCGGUUCUGACCCAAUUGACCUACACGGGGCUGUGCGACGAGUACCUGGGAGUGAACCUGGGGUCUACAACUGUGCCGGAAGAGGAUCUCAAGAUCAAGUUUGGCGACCCGGACGACGAGAUUUAUCCGGUGGUGAGAAAUUUGAACUUUUCGAUGGUUGGUUCGGUGCUCAAUUCCAAAGCACGCGUGUUACAGGCCGAGUACGACAAAAAGAACAACCUCACAGACAUUGAAGAGAUGAAGAAGUUUGUUGGAGAGCUCAACUCGUUAAAGGAGAGCCAGAAAUGGGUGCAAAAACAUACCGUGGUGGCUGAAAAUAUAUUAAAAGCCGUGAGAAACGGCGACGUUGAAACUCGAGUUGUUCCUGGCUUAGAGGCAGACACUCCGAGCAGCAACAAGUUCAAUGCGUUUCUCGAACUUCAGCAGGAGAUUUUGAGCGAUAACCUUGACAACAAACGCAACUGUGCCGCCAUAUUGCAGUACAUGUACGAGUUUGAGCCUCCGCUGAGCGAGGUGCUACGGUUGAUCGUUCUCACGAGCAUUGUCAAGAAAGGGAUUCGCGAACAGGAGUUUGAGCAGCUCAAGACAGAGGUGUACAACACGUACGGCUUGGAAGGGUUCAAAACAUUGCUCAAUAUGAGGGAGUUGAAAUUAGUAUAUGCAAGAGAAUCGUUAUCGUUUCUGCCAUCGAGCAUGAGCGAGGAGGCCACGACGAGCGCGCACCAGCUGAUCCGCGAUUUUGGAGCCAUCAGUACCACGUUGAACUUGAUGCCUAUUAGCGACCAUGUGGACCCGGAAAACCCCAAGGACGCUGACUUUGGGCUCGCUGGCUACGUGCCGAUGGUGGCACGGCUGGUGGAAGCCAUCUACAGCAGAGAGUUUCUGGCCGGGCCACGGGACGUGCGUGUGCGCAAGCACGGGUGGGACAACCUUGAUCUGAGCGCGCUGGACGGAGAACUGCGGCAGGAGUUUUUAAUUCCCGAGACCAAAAAGCCGUUGUUCAGCUCGCUGAUUCCGUCAAAAUCUGGCCGGCUGGCAGACCGCAAAGACCUGGUUAUUGUGAGCGUUGUGGGUGGAAUGACCUAUAGUGAGAUGUCAAUGGUGCGGUUCGUGCUAGGGAAAAACAGUUUCACCAAGGACAAACAGAUAAUUUUCCUGACAACGGGGAUAAUCAAAGGUGACGAUAUUAUUGAGAGUGUCAGGUACAAUUGCUGA